CUUCUCCUCCCACAGUGUAGUGAUAAGAAUUGUUACUUAGUUUCAAAGAUAUUGCAUACGGCUCCAGCAGAAUUGGUUGCUGCUUCCCUGUCCGUACACUCGUGCCGGUGCUGCUGCAUCGAUGAUCACAACCAUACAGUGCGUGCUGUACACAUUGUACAUCAGCGCAAAUCUUACCCAAGACCGGUUUCCCUCGCCGAAGAUAUGACCGAAUACGCCCUACAUCGCGUCGCAGAAGUAACUGCAAUGGUGUGCGUUCUUGCUCCCCCUCCUAUGUUGUCGCAAUGGUGAUGGUAGUGGUGUGCUGGCUGUACAGGCCCUUAUCAAUCUUGUUUGUUGCGAGUGCUGUGCUCCCCAAUUGAUUACACACCGAGCAGUGCUGCUUUUUUCCCAGGUUGGAGGAGGAGGGCUGUACAUGUGUAGGUGUGUGUGUUUGCGUGUCUUAGCAUACUUCAUAUUUCCCCCCUCUCUUUCGUGUAUACGGUCGAUCGUUCCAUCUCCUAAUUGAUACACGGCGUAGUAACACAACAGCUGACGAUUCGCGGCAAUCGAAGGGCUCGACGUGCAGCAGCAGCAGCAGCAGCAGUACCCCAGACCCCACCGAACGGGCGAGACACGCGCGCUCCGUCCAAGAUGCCGACCACGUCCAAGUUCUUGCAAUCGACCAGGAAAAUUAUCGGUGCUGGCGUAAACUACAAAGAAAUUUUGCGCCUCACAAACUCCCCCAAGCCGGAUGCACCCGUCAUCUUCUUCAAGCCCAUCUCGUCCCUGCUGGACGCGGGCAGUGGCUCGACUGGCUCCACCGGCACCCCGCCAACCAUCCGCAUCCCGCGCGUCUUCGGCGGCGUAAUCAACUUCGAGGCCGAGCUGGGCGUCAUCAUCGGGCGGCGCUGCGCGAAUGUGCCCACCGACCAGGCGAUGGCGUACGUCGGUGGCUACUGUCUCGCGCUCGACAUGACCGGCAUGGACUUUAUACUGGACGCCCGGCCGAAGGGACUGCCCUGGUGCCUUGGCAAGGGGUUCGACACGUCCACGCCGGUCAGCGCGCUGGUGCAGCGGGCCGACCUGCCCAACCCGGACGAUGUGCGCGUCUGGUGCGAGGUGAACGGUGUGCGCAAGCAGGACGACAGUACGCGCAAUCUGAUCUUCCCAAUCGCGGAGCUGAUCGCGUACGUGUCGCGCUUCAUGACGCUGGAGGAGAACGAUCUGCUGCUGACGGGUACGCCGGCCGGUGCCGGCCCAGUACGGCACGGGGACGUUAUUGUGUGUGGGCUAGGGGAGGACCUGAUGACGAUGCGCUGCCAGGUGGCUGAUGAGUAGCAGGAGGGGGGUUGCGAAACUUAAACAUAUCAACGGAAUAAAUUCGUUCUCCCUGUCUAUG